AUGGCCUGGAGACAGCUGCUUCUCGCCUGUCUCUCGGCUGCUGUGCUCCUCACCAUGCUGCAGGAGGGCACUGGUGCCUCGGUGGGCAGCCAGCAGGGGGCAGGACAAGACGCCCAGGAAGAUGUGGAAAAGAAGAUCUUCAUGCGGGAAUCAGAUGCCUCGAAUUUCCUCAAGAGGCGCGGCAAGCGGUCCUCAAAAUCCCAAGACGAGGUCAACGCGGAGAACAAGCAGAAGCUGCGGGCCGACGAGUUGCGGAGAGAGUACUACGAGGAACAGAGGAACGAGUUUGAGAACUUCGUGGAGGAGCAAAACGACGAACAGGAAGAAAGGAGCCGGGAAGCUAUUGAGCAAUGGCGCCAGUGGCAUUACGAUGGCCUGUACCCAUCGUAUCUCUAUAACCGCCACCACCUCUGACCUCAUCUUGACCGGACCAGGAAGACGGAGCCUGAAACUCACAAACCUACCGCACGUGUCCGAA